AUGGGCACUCACAAGUUGAUAAUUCUAAGACAUGGGGAAUCCCAAUGGAACCAUGAGAACAAGUUCUGCGGCUGGAUCGACAUUCCACUAACUGAAAAGGGCAAAAACGAAGCCCAAUAUGCUGGCGAGCUAAUCAAGCAGCAUGGUCUUUCCCCUGGCAUUCUAUACACUUCGAAACUAAUACGUUCAAUUGAGACCGGGUUCAUUAUACUCAAGGUACUAAAUAAACCCUGGGUUGACCAUAUCAAAACAUGGCGAUUGAAUGAAAGACACUAUGGGCAAUACCAAGGUCGUGAUAAACACGAAGUAUUUGUUGAAUUGGGUGAAGACAAGGAGAAGUUUCAGUACAUUAGACGAAAUUAUAAUGGAUUGCCACCAUUGAUUGAUCCUCAACUGGAUGAAUCCAUCGACGAGAAAUACAAUGAUAUAUUGAACAAGAACAUUUUGCCAAGAGGCGAAUCCCUAGCCAUGGUGAUGGAUCGAUUAAUUCCGUUUUUCAAGUACGAGAUUUUCGAUCAUCAAAUGGUUCAAUUGAACAAGACGGUAUUGAUUGUGACGCAUGGGUCAGUAGUUCGAAGUUUGAUCAAGUACUUGAAUAAAGUCAGUGACGAUGAUAUACUGAAGAUCAAUGUGCCCACUGGUAUCCCUUUGGUGUUUGAAUUGAAUGAUCGAGGCGAUUUGGUUAGACCUUAUUACUAUUUGGACAAAGAAAGAGCAGAAAAGGGGAUUGAAAAGGUCAAGAACGAAGGGUUGAGAAAGGAGUAG